GCUCAGCUUCCAGGGAUGGAAUUCCCCAACCUCUUCUGGAAGCAGAUAUAUAAAGGGAAUGGGCAGAGCUGGCGCUUCACUAAGUCCUGGAAAACCAUGAAGCCUUCAGGUGGCCUUCUCCUUCUCCUCCUGGGUCUCCUGGCUGUUUGUGCCAUGAUGCCUGCUGCCUCUGGGAAUGGGAAUCAAAAACCUGGUAGAUGCCCAGUUGCACCUCCACGCACAAUUACUCCCAACUGUGACAAACUGUGCAAGGAAGAUGUCCACUGCCUUGGGCCCAAGAAGUGUUGCCAGUGGGGAUGCUCAAGAAUCUGUCUUGAUCCUGUCAAGGGCUGACCAUGAAGGAGGCCUGGAUCCAUGGAUAAGGACCACCUGAGAUGUCUGAUGAGUUCCUCUGCCCAUCCAUCCUUGCUUCCAGAGAGUCCAAAUACUUCAUUUUUCCCAUUGAGGUUCC